ACUCUCCACAUAUGAAUCCCACCCUUAAAACAAACUUAAGUCAAAUUGUGAAAAAAUUUCGAUGUAUGUGAAAUGUGAAACUCUAAUUCAUACGUAGUGAAAAUGAAACUUUUACUACUGCCGACAAUACUCUUCACGAUCACUUUUCAAACAACAAGAAGUCAAAAUCUGGAUAAACAAAUAUUGAAUAUUGGUGCAAUAUUUUUCAAGGGUGAAACGGAUCUAGAGUUUGCCUUCGAUACCGCCAUUCAAGACAUCAAUUAUUUGAAUCAAGAAUACCAAUUGGAAUUCAAUCCCAUCAAACGGUAUUUGAGUGAAGAUGACAGCAUUAUUUUGCAGGAGAUAGCCUGUGAUCUUCUAAACAAUGGUGUGGCCGCCAUUAUUGGGCCAAGUUCGGCGACUAAAAGCGACAUUGUCAAUGUGCUGUGCAACAUAACGGGGAUACCCCAUCUCCAGUUUGACUGGCAUGGCGAGGAGACGGACAUGGUACUGAGCAAAUAUUUCUACACGAUUAAUGUGGCGCCAUCGGUCCACGUUCUGUCACAGGCCUACUUGGACAUUGUGAAAAAUAAUCCAUUGAAUUGGAAAUCAUUUACGAUUGCCUAUGAAACGUCAUCGGAUCUGUCCCGCAUGCAGCACCUCUUGGCCUGGAAACAAUUUCACAAGACCGGCAUUAAAUUAAUACCCUUUGAUCGUAACGAUGAUUUCCGUGUCCUUUGGAAACUUAAAAAUUCUCGUGAGAGAAAUGUUUUGAUCGAUUGCCCUGCCGACAUAGCCAAGAGGGUGAUGCAGGAAGCCAUGAAUUUUAAUAUGACGACAUCGUUUAAUAGUUUCUUCUUCACCGAUUUGGAUACCCACACAAGCGGUUUACAGACCCUGAUAUCGGAACAGUUUUUAUCGAAUGUUACCAGUGUGCGAUUGCGAGGCUAUAUACCGCCGCCCCAGCACAGUGAGACAGAUGUCUUUGAUCCGGGAGAAAAGGAGACGAUACGAAGUAUCCGCCAGCAGAAUAUUUACGAUGCGCUUGUGCUCUUCUACAAUGCUGUGCAACAGACGUUUCAGCCGGAUCCAAUACCGCCACCACAAGUUUCAUGCUUGGGAGGCUUUUGGGAGCCUGGAAAUGAUUUAAUUGAUAGGAUGAAGAAGCUCAACCCGAAACACAUAGAACCCCAUUACAAAACCCAAAAGAUGCUGCUGAAUUUCCAUGGCAUUCGCGAUGACUUCAAUUUGGAUAUCUAUGAUGCCAUGAUCGAUGAGACCCUAAGUGUGUGGAAUAAACAACAUGGUCUGGUGGCCUAUGAAGUCCUAAUGGCCAAUUUCACCCGAAAACUUGUCAAGCCCCGCAAGAAGGGCGAGGAGGCCGAGAAACAAAAGAAAAAGGUCAAAUACACGGUGGCCACGAGGAUUGGAGAACCCUAUUUUAUGAUACGUGAAGAACCGGAGGGGGUGCACUUUGAGGGCAAUGACCGCUUUAAGGGUUAUGUGGUGGAUCUAAUUUUCGAAUUGGCCAAGGAUUUACAUUUUGAUUUUGUCUUCGAACCGGUGCCGGAUAAUAAAUAUGGUUCCCUGGAUCCGGUGACCAAUGAGUGGGAUGGCAUUGUCCGACAGCUAAUGGAUAAUCAAGCCCAGAUGGGCAUCUGUGAUUUGACCAUAACCCAGGAGCGCAGAACUGUGGUAGAUUUCACAGUGCCAUUCAUGCAGCUGGGAGUACAAAUUUUAUACUCCAAACCGCCUCCGCCCAAAAAGGAGUUAUUCCAGUUCCUUGAGCCAUUUUCAGUGGAGGUAUGGCUAUGUCUACUGAUAGCCUUGCUGAUUAUGUCGCUAAUUUAUGUCCUCCUGGCGAG